AUGGGAAAACCAAAAGUCCUUGGACCAGAAUAUGUCGACGUUGUCGGAAAGCCAAUUCUGUACCAAAUGACUCACGUGAGCAGCGUGAAGGCUUUCGAUUAUCGCCGCUCUUCGGUUAUACUCCGCACUCAAUAUUAUCUGCUUGGACAUUUUGAGGUUAUUCACGCUUAUUACAAACAUCUGACUUGCCUGAACGUCAACAACGACCUACCGCUGAAGUCGAAUGAGGUAUACUCGGAAGCACAAAAAUGUUUGACAUUGUUGUCAACAAGACUUGGCGAUAGAGAUUUCUUUUAUGGACAACAACCUAGCAAAAUAGAUGCUAUUAUAUACUCAUAUUUGGCACCGUUACUUAAGGCUCCAUUACCAAAUCCAGUUUUACAAAAUCACUUAAAAGCUUGUACAAAUUUAGUUAAAUAUGUGUCACGUAUAUCGCAAAGAUAUUUCAAGAAUGAAUAUCAAAAUUAUGAAAAACAUCAAGCUGAAGAAAAAGCCGCAAGGUUAAAAAGAGAUACUGAUAAUGAAUUUCCAAAUAAGAGAAGAAAUCAAUUUUUUGCUGCAUUUAUUGCUACCCUGGCAAUGACAGCAUAUGCGUUAUCAGCAGGAAUUGUAGAGGUAUUCAGCAACCGGGGAUCAAAUAUUAUCACUAGCACUGGUUUUCAGAUGUGAAGGGUUAAUGGUUCGAAAAAUCAUCCAUGGAAUUUUUAAAGUGAUAACUCAGAUAUUGCAGCCGACUUAUGUUUGCUUGCCAAAAGAAGAAUGGAAAAAUAUUUGUAGCGGUUUCUUGAAAAAUUGGAAUUCCCAUAAUUGCGCCGAAUCCUUUGAUGGAAAACAUGUAGAAAUACAAUGUCCACAAAAAUCCAGAAGUUUAUUCUUUAUA